AUGACCUUUGGACGGACUUUUAACGUCGUCGGCGCCCACGUCGGCGGCGAGGUCUGCGACGUCGUCACAGGCGGGGUCCUCGACGUCCCGGGCAAGACCAUGUUCGAGAAGAUGAUGUACUUCUGGCAAAACGAAGACCGUCUGCGCAACCUACUGCUGAACGAGCCGCGGGGCUCCUCUGCAAUGUGCGCCAACCUGCUCCUCCCCCGCUGCAAUCCGGAGGCCGAUGCCGGGUUUAUUAUUAUGGAGCAUGAGGAGUAUCCACCCAUGUCCGGCGCCAACACCAUCGCCGUGUCCACGGUACUUCUCGAGACCGGCAUGGUGCCCAUGAAGGAGCCGACCACCACGCUGAAACUGGAUGCACCGGCAGGCCUGGUGACGGUAACGGCGGAGUGCGCCGGGGGAAAGGCCAGGUCGGUCGAGUUUCGUAACGUGCCGGCCUUUGUGUGGGCCCUAGACCUAGAAAUCGACGUGCCGGGUUUCGACCACAAGGUCAAGGUCGACAUCGCCUACGGAGGCAUGUGGUACGUCCUGGUGGACGCCGCGUCGGCCGGCCUGGAGAUCGAGAGCGCCAACGGCACCCGGCUGGUGGACGUGGGCGAGCGCAUCAAGCGCGCCGUCCAGGCCCAGACCGACCCCGUGCACCCGGAGAACCCCGAGAUCCGCGGCGUCAGCGUGCUCGAGUUCACGGCGCCCAUGCUAAGGGCCGCUGACGAGGAGGACGGCGCCGACGGUGGCGGCAAGCUGGUGGCCACCAACACCGUCGUCGUGUCCCCGGGCCGCCUCGACCGCAGCCCCUGCGGGACGGGGACCUGCGCCCGGCUCGCCGUGCUGCACGCGCGGGGCCAGCUUGCCGUGGGCGGGUCGUUCCGGCACAGGAGCAUCACCGGCGCCGAGUUCGUCGGGACGGUCUGCGCGGCGGCCAGGGUUGGGGGAUAUGAUGCCAUCAUCCCCGCCGUCAGGGGCACUGCCUGGAUCACGGCUUUUAAGCAAGUUGUGCUCCACCCCGAGGAUCCGUUUCCAGAGGGGCUCAGGGUCGGCGACAAGUGGCACGUCAGCUAA